AUGAUCGUCACAUGACUUGUGUUCGGUUUGUCAAAACAUCUUCGUCUCUAUCAAAGAUGGAGUUUGCAGGAAUGAGCCGCCGUAGUUUUGCCAUGGUUUUUCUAGUGUUCGCAACUGUCUGUGCCGGGCAAGACGGGCCAGUCCCUGUUAUAAUCUGGCAUGGAAUGGGUGACUCGUGCUGUAACCCUCUAAGUAUGGGAUCCAUCAAAAGUUUGGUAGAGAAGAACAUCCCAGGAGUUUAUGUACGCUCUCUGAUGAUUGGCAACAAUGUUAUUGAGGAUACAGAAAAUGGAUUUCUUAUGAAUGUGAAUGACCAGGUGGAGCAAGUUUGUGCUAAACUUGCUAAAGACCCCAAACUACAAAAUGGAUACAAUGCCAUGGGUUUCUCACAGGGUGGACAGUUUCUGCGGGCAGUUGCUCAGAGAUGCCCCACGCCACCGAUGCUGAAUCUGAUUAGUUUUGGUGGCCAGCACCAAGGCGUUUAUGGGUUCCCGCACUGCCCUGGAGACAACAGCACACUGUGUAACUAUGUCAGAGAGCUGCUCAACAUUGGGGCCUAUGUCAGCUGGAUUCAAGACCAUUUGGUCCAGGCAGAAUACUGGCAUGACUCCAUGAAUGAGAAAGAAUACAGAGACAAAAGUAUCUUCCUUGCUGAUAUUAAUCAAGAAAAGACUAAGAAUCCAACUUACAAAGAGAAUCUGAUGAAGUUAAAGAAUUUUGUGAUGGUGAUGUUUGCCAAGGACACCAUGGUUGAUCCCAAGGAAUCUGAGUGGUUCGGCUUUUACAAGCCUGGGCAAGGCAAGGAGUUGAUGACAUUGCAAGAGAGCCUGCUUUAUAAAGAGGAUUGGCUUGGGCUCCAAGUCAUGGACAAGGCUGGAAAACUCCACUUCCUAUCUGCAGAUGGUGACCAUUUAAGAUUCACAAACGAGUUUUUCAUCAAAGAGAUUAUCCCAUUUUUAAAGUGAUAUCUUCUGGCAUAGAGGAAUCAUAUAUCAAAUCAAUCUCCAAAUUUAACACAAAAUACCUUAUCAAACAUAAUGAUUAUUACUAAAUCGUUCACCAUAAAACAACUAAUCAAUUGUUUAUUGCCAGAAGUUGAUUAAAAAAACAGUAUCCUACUCAAACAAGCCGUCUGAAACCUACAUCUCUACUUCAGAUUGGCAAUGCUAUAAGAAUGCCAACUACUGUUGUAUAAAUAGGAAUUGAAGUGAAAGAAGGCAAAUUUUGCUUGAUGCUCCACUACUACAUAACUGGAUGAUUUUGGUUAUGAAUAAGAUGUAUUAAUUAGAAUUACACCUAAAACUUAUUUGAAGCACUACUAUGGAUCUUUUUUUUGUUAGGGAAUGCAAAACUGACCUUUAUCUACCCAAGCAUUAUUGUUUUUAUGAAUAAUAUGAACAAAUAGAUAAUGCAUAUGAAUGUAAAUGCACUAUAAAAAUGUGUUUAUUUUUACAAUAAAAGUCUUUUGAUACCUUUGGUAUCAGCAAAAA